AUGUCGCAUCAACAAGUACUACAAUUGGAUACCUUACCAGGUGAAAUCUUGGAUGAGAUAUGCGACUACCUGAACAAAAAGGAGCUAAAAGCUUUCCGACAAUGCACCAAGAGGAUAUCAUCUAUCGCGACCACGCACCUAGCGAAAGACUACAUGUUCAACCUCUGCUCUCUGAUGACGCGCCGCAGUCUGGAAAAGCUGGCCGAGAUCUGCGAGCAUCCUCAAUUUGGACCUCACGUUCGAAAGGUGCAUCUCUCCUCCGGCCGCGUCCAUCCUCGCGAGAUGCGAGCACUUAUCGAGAGAGUUGAAGACAUGCAAAGACGAAUCCCAGCUCCAACAUCAGCUCAAGUCAAACGAGCGAAAGCAAAAAUGCAAGACGCUAUGAAUAGAUCUACGAAAGAGUACGAACUAGAGUCCUCGGGAGAUGCGGUAACACUGCUUUCUCGCGCAUUUGCUUCUCUCCGCUCUUAUCAGACGCCCAUCAUCUUGGACAUCUCAGACUUUGAAGUACCACGAUGGGAUCCAGUGACUUUGUUCCUUGACAGGUAUAAUCACUUCCAUGGAGAACCGGAGCUUUGUUUCAAAUCUACAAUGGAACCUUGCCUGAAGGCAAUCUUCCGCACCAAGAUGCAGUUCACCGAACUCGAAUUGACGGUUGACGCACUCUCAAUUGACCCGGACGAAAGAGGUUACAAUACCAGAGACAUGAGCCCAGAAGAUCUUGCGCUUUUGUCUAGCUUAAAAUCCGUGUCUCUCGAUAUGAACAAUACUUUCGAUGAUGCUGGCACGCUAUCUACCGGGCAAAUACUAUCUUACACUCAUCAACUCGAAGAUCUUACCUACAGACAAGGAUGCGAUGACCUCAAUCGAGACGACUGGUUGACACCUGACCAACAGCCUGAGCUUUUGCGCAGUCGUCAAUUCGAACGUGCCGAUAUUGUACUUGGAUCUGUCAAUUCAAACGGUUUGAGAUCCUUGUGGCUGGAGUAUACUCCGAUGUCUUAUCAUGUCCUUGUUCAACUAUUGGAAAGGCAUGCUGAUACUCUGGCUACUAUACACAUUGCUCACACGUGUCUGCGCGAUGGCACAUGGGCUGAGGUUUUCUCGGUAGUCCAGAAGACUUGCCGCUUCCUGACCAAUCUUGAUGCCAUCAAUUUGAGUCAAGCUAGACCAGAUUUAAGAGAUGGCGAUUAUCGCCCACUUUUGUUGCCUGAGGAGUUGGCUCUGGAGUCAAGCGAUGGUCGAGCAGGAGUCAAUGAAGUUCUGGAGAAACUCAUUCUGGCUCCAUCUCUCGAGGUGUUGAAUAUCAUGGAUAGAAGACUACGAUCGCAAAAUGUGGACACAUUAGAGCUAGCUCCAUGA